AUGGCCGAACUGACUGGAGCUGCCAGGCGUCUGGUGGCCGGUAAGCCGGCGGAAGAUGUGGCGUUUGUUGGUGGAGUUCAAGUUCUUUUGAGUUUCCUGCGCCGAGCACUCGGGAAACCACAGGUGAAUGAAGUCACAGACCUCCUGGGGAAGUACUUCAAGGGUACAAGGAGGAGGUCGGGGGAAUCUAUGAAUGAGUACAUCACUCGGAAGAGUGAGGCCUUUAUGAGGGUGAGUCAAGCACUCAAGCGAGUGCAGCCGCAUUACCGCAGAGGAACUCGCUCGGAGGGCACCUACUACCGAGGCCGCCGAGGCAGUGAUCCAUGGAGCAUGGCGGGGACCUCAACGUGGAGUCGCCAGACUACGGAUGGACAAGAUGACGACCAGGAUGAUAGGCAGGAGACGGCCACCGGGAACGAUGGCACGGAGGAUGGUGCCAACACAGCAUGGGGGAGAGGAACCUCCUCUACCUGGAGCUGGAACAGCGGCUGGUCUGCAGGCAGCUGGGACUGGUAUUCGGAUACAUGGUGGUCCGGGAACCGGUCUGGCUAUGGCAUGACACCACCCACGUGGAGCUCCUUGGAGGCAGUGGAGGACGAGUCCUUGCUUCCAUCCUUCAUUCAAGGAUGGUACCUCCUGACCGACGCGGCGUUGGACAGCGCCGAACGGAACAUCAUCACCACGGCAUUGGGCGGGGAUUAUUCCCCCGCCAGAGUGGCCCAGGAGCUUCGGAACCAGUUCCCCGAGCAGGAGUUGCGGCGAAAAGAUCAUGGACGGCGUUCACAUGCCUUUAUGAGUGCGGAGGAUGCCUACGAGGGCCACGACAUCGAGCAGAACGAGGAGCAGGACGAGGACUAUGACGAGGACCUCACGGAGGAAGGUGUUGCCAUGCUCGCGGAUGCCGAGUCGGAAGAGCAGCAGGCCUUGGCAGCAAUGGGACAAGCUCGUCGCACCCUCAAGGAAGCUCGUAUGCGACAACAUUCCGUGAAGAUGAACAGGCAGUACUACCGCAACAAUGAUGCUGGUGGUCCUCGCAGCUCAGGGGGCGCAAGCAGGCCAGCUCCCUCCGCCGGAGGCAGCGCAGGAGCCUCCCGAGAUGCCAACAUGAUCUGCUUGGGGUGCGGCGUGAAGGGUCACAGGGUAGCCAAUUGCCCUAACAAGAACAAGAGCGAGGCCAUGCACACCAAUGAUGUUACGAGCUCCGACAAGCAGCACGCUCCUUUUGUGUGCUACGCAGAGACAGGUGAGAGCGCUCUCACUGUGUUUCCCUCGACUGCCCAGGCAGUUGAGGAGGGCUAUGCGAUCAUUGAUGGCGGCGCCACAAAGACUUUGGGAAGCGUGAAUGCUGUUGAAGCUCUCCUCCGCCGGAACCAGGAACACCACGGCUACCCAAGGCUCGCGGAGGUCGAUAAGCACAACAAGCCUGUCUUCGGGUUUGGCAACAGCUCAGAAGGACGAUGCAUCAGUACAUGUAAAGUUGGUGUGCAGGCCGGCGGCCAAGCCGGGCAGGUGCAAAUUCAUGCUCUCGAUGAGGGCACGGGGCCCAUCUUGCUCAGCAUAGACGCGCUGAGACGGUUGGGAGCCAUCGUCGACUUCAAGGAAGAUUUGCUCGUGCUGACAGCCGUCAACGACAAGAAGAUCAUCCCUCUUCGCCGGUCCUCAACAGGCCAUCAGCUCCUCUCGCUGGUAGAAGACCUUUUUCAUGAGGCCCACGAGGCGAAGGCUCAGAAGCUCACGUUUGCGAUCAGGUUGCUCCUCCCUCGGCGGUUCAACAUGGAGCGUCUUACUCGCCCCGAGUUGGUGCUCCAUCUCCGGGCCUUGGGCGAAGAGAGUCCCGAGAACUGGACUCGCUUGGAAAUCAAGCAGCGGAUCCAGGAGAUCAACGAGGAAAAUCCCUCCAUGGUCACCGCGGCUCCGAACAAGACGGCCCUGGAGACCCAGAUGGCGCAGCUCAGCAAGAACAGUCGCAAGAAAAGCACCCUGCGCGAGUACUUGGAGAAGGAGCUGCACAUCGAGGUGUCCGACAUGGACACUGUGGCGGCCAUGCAACGCAAGGCUACCAACAAGAUCCUCCAGGAGUGCCCGGUCCACGGCUCCGACGCGAUGGGGUUUGGGAAGUACUCCCAGCUCAGCCUCCAGGAGACCUACUUGAAGGACCCCGACUACUGCCGUUGGGCACGCGCUACCAAGGCAGAGGGCCCGUGCAACAUCCGGUUGGAGCGGUUCGUGCGUUGGUUGGAGAAGACCGAGGAAGAGGGCGGCCCCAAGGAGAUGAUGACCGAAACGAUUCCGAAGAUCGCGCGCUCCAAGGCCCGAGGCUACAAGACGACUACACCGAGCACGGCAUCCAGCAGCAGUGGGCCCCCAGUUCCCACUCCCGAUCCACGCGACGAGUUGCUACUCAAGAUGACAGCAGCCCUACAGGACCUACGCGAGGAGGUGGAUCAGUUGCGGACCGAAAGGCCCCGCAAGGUGACUUCGAAUGCCGAGAAGUAG